AUGCGUUUCUCCGCUGCUGCUCUCGUCUCCACCUUCGCGGCCCUCGCUGCUGCCUACACCACCCCCGACUACACCCAGUCACCCCAGGGUAACGCCGUCCGCUCCCCCGGUCUGGACGAGCAGGUCCCCGAGGGCAAGCCCUACACCAUCAAGUGGGAUCACGACCUCGGCAACACCGUCUCCAUCGUCCUCCUCCGUGGACCUUCCACCAACGUCGUCCCCAUCGCGACCCUCGCUGAGAGCAUCCCCAACUCGGGCGAGUUCGUCUGGACCCCCAGCGCCGACCUGACCCCCGAUGUCACCCACUACGGUCUCCUGAUCGUCGUCGAGGAUGCCGGUGCCAACCACGGUGCCUACCAGUGGUCUACCCAGUUCGGUCUCACCAAGGCUGAGGGCUCCACCACCACCUCUUCCUCUGCCGCCAUCACCACCUCCCAGGCUGCCCAGUCUUCCGCCGCCGCUUCCCCUACCUCCAAGCUGACCAUCGUCACCGUCAUCAACGAUGUCACCACCACCUACUGCCCCGAGGAUGAGGCCAGCUCCUCCGCCGCUGCCCAGACCACUGCCGUUGCUCCCUCCUCCACCGUCAUCAGCUCUUGGGAGGUUACCACCACCAUUUGCCCCGAGACCACCGCCACCCCUGCCCCUACUGCUUCUUCCUCCCGUGUCGUCGUUGGCCCUGCCAGCUCCAGCACCCUGAAGAGCACCCCCUACGUUGUCCCCACCAGCACUGCCACUGCCACUGGCACCGCUAAGCCUUCUUCCACCCCCGCUUUCAACGCUGCUGGCCGCAACGUCAUCUCCUUCGGUGCCGUUGUUGCCGGUGUCGCCGCCUUCAUGGCCCUGUAA